AUGACCGUGCUGCUGUGGUUGUUGCUGCUCUUCGUGGGCUUCGUGACGGCGCUGGCCAGCAGCGCUAAGCUGCGCAAGAACGCCUUCAUCUGGUUCUCGUAUGUGACCAUCACAGGCUGGUAUUAUUGUCGCGUGCUGCACAAGAAAUACGCGGGAGACAACAACAAGGAGGCCGUUGGCGCGUCGCCACCCCCGAGCUCCAGCGGAAGUAACAAGAAUCGAGUUUCAUCCACAUCGAGAGCCGGCGAGGGCCGACGUGACCCGGACUUGGUCUACUUUGAAUCGCGCGAGGUGGUCGAGCGGCGCCAGCAUGAGCAACAGGAUGGAUUGGAGCGCAGCGGAGUGUCUGAGCGCUCAAGCCACAUGAGUGACUCGGGAUCUAGUGGAGGUUCGGACGUCGGUGCUGCAAUCCCCAGUAAACGCAAGCGAAGCCUGUUCCACAGUCGCCGCAAAGCCGCAGCCGAGGAAGCCGUGAGACGCGUGAGCGACGCCAGCUCCGCCGAUCUCCUCACCAACUCGGGCGUGUCUGAGGUUAGCGACCCCGUCACGCCCACACGCAACACACGCAACAGCGCCACUAGACGAACGUACACUGGGCGAAAGAAGCCCGAGUCGUGGGCGGAUUAA